UGAGCGAUUGAGCGUUCGAACUUCGAAAGUCGAACUUCGAACUUCGAAAGAUUUUUAUAAUGUCUGUUCCACACGAGUGGCAAAACUGCCCAGAAAAAAGCAAUCUGAUUGCAGAUCGAUUUCUUGCAUUUAAAACAUUCUUGGAUAGUCGUUAUGAUGCUAAAGUGCCUGAAGAAAACCGAUGGCAGCUAUCAAUGUUGCAGGAUUAUCUUGCUAGAUAUGAGCAGAAAACCCUUGGCUUGGUAAUUGAUCUGACAAAUACCUCCAGAUACUACAACUGGAAUGUUUUGAAUGAUGCUGGGAUAGAAUACAUCAAAAUUAACUGCAAAGGUCAUGACGAAUCACCUAGUGCGGAACAGAUCGAUAACUUUAUCACAAAUUGUUCAGAAUUUUGGAAUGACGAACCUGAGAAGAUCAUAGGUGUUCACUGCACCCAUGGUUUCAACAGGACUGGAUUUUUAAUUAUCUCUUAUCUCGUCCAAGUUUUGGGAUGGAGAUUGGAAGAUGCUAAUCAAGUUUUUUUGCAGAAUCGACCUCCAGGAAUAUAUAAGCAACCUUAUCUUGACGACCUCUGCAAACGCUAUGACGAGAGCAAAAGCCUGCAGGCGCCCGAACUGCCUGAGUGGUGCCUGGAAGAAGAGGAGGGAAGCGAGUUUGCCAGCCUUUCUAAUGCUGUAUCUCUACAUGUUUCGUCAAAGGAAGAAGGUCCUUGGGUCAAACAGACAGACCUCGACAAAAGUUGACUAAUAUUGCAUAUACAUUACAUUCCUUUGUUUUGAGUUUGAUAUCUCUUAUUGAAAUUAGUUCUUAUAAGUAAAAACGGUUUUAAAAACCUCGAAGCGAUUUAAAAUAAAUUAUACAUUAUCAGACAUUAUUAUACAUGAUUUUAAUGCUUUCCGUCAUGUUGCCAUGGGA